CUCCCCCUCGCCCCCGCCCACCUGCACCGCCAGCGCCCCCAUUCCGCCUCCGCCCCGCCCGCCGCCGGAUCCCACAGCUUCUCGCCGCCGCCUCCCGUCCGGCCUCCGAAUCACCGGAUCCCAUCGGGGGUCCCCGCUGCCGCAGCUUCCACCGCCGGGGAGGUCCCCUGCCGCCGCCCGCCCACCCCCUGCCGAGUGUUGUGGAAGCUGGACACAGCUGGAACUUGGAAGCAGGCCGAGUCUAUGGUAUUUGUGGGUCAUUGUGCUAUCGAUGCGAGCAGAGAGCAUGCGUGGCAGCUGUUCUUCGGGUGAUGCACCUGACCAGAGGAGCUGCCGAAGCAGUCGGUUGGUUGACGAUUGGACUGUUUGCGGCCUUUGCUGCUCUGGGUCUCCACUGCAUUUUUCAGUCAGUCUACUUCUGGUUUCGGAUUCGGAAGGGGACCUUGCUCUCACUCGGCUACUUUAAUGGUCCCUGGGUGACUCGCAUUGCUCUGAUUCUCAUCACUAUUUGGUGGGGAGUAGGGGAGAUUGUGAGAUUGAGCUUCUUGAAGAGAAAGCUGUUCUCCAGCUUAGUAUGGCAGAAGAUCGCGUGUGAUGCCUACAUUCUCUCCAAUCUAGGGUUUGCAGAACCAAGCAUCUUCUUUGGCUUUGCUUUCCUCCUGCAUGGCUCAUUACAGAAGAGGGAGUUGGGCACUUUGACCCAGAGAUGGAACUUGAAGACCAUUGGCUACAUGUUGGUUUUCUGUGUUCCGGUGUUCUUCGUUCAGGCCCUUCUUGUGUUUGUUGGGCCUACAUUUGUUAAGGAGGAGAACAGUGCACAGGGAAGGAGAGUGUUUGCUAAAUACUUCAUUCAGACGUCCAUGCCAGUUGGGGACACCAAUGUUUGCACCUAUCCGUUGUUUGGCACCAUUUUUCUGGGACUUAUCGAUGCCGUCCUGAUGAGCUAUGUCUCCUAUGUUGGAUCUCGGGUGUUAUCCUUGGUCAUCAACAAGGCGCUGCGAAAGAGGGUUUCCUGGCUGAUAAUGUCGGUGCUUUUCUUCCUUCCUAUCAGGGUGCUUCUUCUAGGGUUCUCAGUGAUGCCCAACCCAGGAGAUAAAGCAUUUGAGGUCAUUGUCUUCUUGUCAUUCGUGAUGAUGCUAUCCGGCACAACUGUUGGGAUACUCUUGCUGGUAUACUGGCCUGUCCGUGAUUCAUUGGCACUCAAAGAUGCAGGCAACAGGGAGAUAGCAGAGAUGGUGCCUUAUGACGAUUACUACUAUGAGGGCUCAUCGCUUGUGGCCAACCAGAGCUUCCGAGAAAUCGAGCGGAACUCUGACACGUCAACAAAGCGUGGCUCCAUAUCGUUCCGCACAAUGAUCAGGGAGGACCAGCUUCCGCCGGAUGGCGCAGAUGAGAUCGGCUUCUCCUCUCGCAGCGGCGUCCAUAUUGGAUCAUCCUCGCCUGCAGGUUCUUCGCCAAGCGCUGCAAUGCCCAUGCUGCCUCUCAAGGAGGUCCCUAGAUACUAAGUAGUGUUCACCUGUGGCUUCUGCCCGUCUACCAUGUGCUCCCCCCCUUCCAUUUUCUCCUCCCCCUUCCUCUUACCUACCUUAAUGAUAACAGUUUUGUGGCAAUCAAAAGGUUUUUGUAAAGUUUUGGAGUAGCAUGAAUCGUCCGUCUAGAUCAGUCGUCUAGUUCCAUGUUUAUCAAUGUAGCAAGUAGCUUAGAUCUUGCAAAGGCUAAGCAUCAGCUGUGCACCUGGCAUUGGCUGGCAAGUUCACUUUUGGUUGGUUUGCUGCCCCCACAAUGCUAUCUUAGCUGAUAAGCUCCACCAUGGCAUAGGCUGGAAUGGGGCUCAUCUUGUCUGUCUGCUCCUUAGUUGCCUCUCUCUGUGACAGCUAUGCAGGCUAGUAGUGGCAGCAUAUGUUAUGUUUUGAGACCUGGUCUUGAAUUGAAGGUGUGUAAAGAA